ACGCAGCGGGAUUACAGCGGAGCUUUGUCCUUUAUGAAGACCCGUCAUUUAUGUAGUGGCGCUUCUUAUUACGCAUGCGCAGUGAGGAGUACAGGCGUGUACUGCGCAGGUAAACACACUGAUCAUGCAGCGGUAGGAUCCGCGGUAACUAAUCACACCAUGUCGGAGUUAAAGAGAGCUCAGACCUGGGAGAUUUCCGACUCGGAGGCGGAGCAGGAGCCCGGUACUGUCGCGGAGCCGGAGAGCCGGGUAGAGCCUCCACAGGAGUCCGCUGUCCAGAGCCCAAGUCCCGGGGGAAGGAGGAGAGGAAACCGGGGGGAGAGCAGAGAGGAGAGGAGUGCGGACAAGGACAGACGGAGAGAGGAGAGAGAGAGACAGAAGGAGGAGAGAGAGAGACAGAAGGAGGAGAAGAGACAGGAGCAGAAGAGGAAGAAGGAGGCAGCUGAGAGAGUAAAAAGACUCAAACCUGAGGAGUAUUUAAAGACCGUCACUGUCAGAAUCCACCCAGUGUUGCUGCAGGACUCUGGGUGUGAUGUGUUGUUGAGUACACUGGCGGGUUUGGAGUGGAGGAACCGAGUAGAGGAGCACGACCUCACACACUCCGUCAGCUGGAGCAGAAAACUACCUACUGAGGAUGAAGACUGUAGGGUGGUUGAGGAAGAUCAGGUGCUGAUGGUGGUCACUCAGUUGGAGUUCAAGGACAUGAUGAUGUCCAUCAAACAGGCUCUGAUUGGUGGUUGUGAGGAGGCGAAUUCUCUGUUUCAGCCCCUCUGUGAUUAUCUGAACAGAAACACAGGGGCAGUUGUUUCACUGUUGGUGACCGGGGGACAGAACUGCCAAUGCGGCGGCUCGUAUGACGUUGACGAUGAUGAAGACGAGGUGUGUCCUCGCUCUCACCUCGGACACCAGAACAUCGACAUCGAGCAGGUGCUGGUGUACCUGCAGCUGUGCAAGAAUGUGACAGUCCACUUCCUGUUUGGCUGGCAGGAAGUCACGGAUCAUGUGUGUGCUGUUACCAAGGCCUUAUCUAAACGCCCCUUUAGAACACUGCAGGACAAUCCUGAUCUGGGUUUCUGUGUGGAUGGUUUGUGGGCAGGGGGAGUGCGUGUUGAGCGUAGUGGGCGGGGCCUCGCUCAGGUGUGGACAAGACAAAUACAGCAGCUCAACCGUGUUAGUGUCGCCAUGGCAGCAGCUGUGACCACUGCUUACCCCUCCCCCCAACUCCUCCUGCAGGCCUAUGAGAAAACAGAGUCAGAAGAAGAGCAGCGUGGAUUAUUGGCUGACCUCACUGUGAGAGGCGGAGCUAAAGAGAGGCGCAUUGGACCUGAACUGUCAAAUCGUGUGCACCGGUUUAUGAUUUCCCAGAAUCCUGAGCUGGUGCUGGAUUAGGGAAUUGUGGGAAAUGCAGCUGAAAGAAGAGCUGCUCAGAUUUAAUAUAUAAAUCAUGGACUUGUGGCGACAUCACGCUCACGCACACACACGCGCACACACACACACACAGAUCAGUGUGAAGUUUGAAUUUAUUUUGAUUAAGGACUUUAAGUAAAAAUAAUUUUCCGCAUCAUAUUGUCCAGUGAUAUAUAUUUAUCUUGUUUAUUUCUUGUUUAAAUAUGUAAAGUAAUAUAUUCUAUUUGGUCCUUUUUCACUCCCACCAUUCAUAUAGCUCACAGUUUAUUUGGGUUAUUUUUAUUUUCUUUAUUAACAUUUUUUAAAAAUUUAAAGCUCCAUAGAAAGUAGAGAGUCGACAAGAGAGUCGUUUAUUAAAAAAGACAUACAGUGCUGUGAAAAAGUAUUUGUCCCCAUCGUGAUUUCUUCUGUUUUUGUGUAUAUCUCAUACUAAAUAGUUUUAGAUCUUCAAAUGAAAUACAACAUAAAACAAAGGCAACCUGAGUAAACACAGUACAGUUUCAUUUUUAUUUUUUAAAUUGAAGCAAAAAAAGUUAUCCAACACCUAUCACCCAUGUGAAAAACUUUGCCCCCUUAAACUUAAAAUCUGGUUGUCACGAACCGGAGUUGGCACAGAAGCAGAAGCGGGUGCGUAGUAAAGGGUAGUUCCAAAGACGUAGUCGUAAAACAAGCAAGGGUCAGGCGAUCGGACAAACAAAGCACAAGGGGACAGGCAGAAAGCGUAGUCGUAAACGGGAAAAGAGGUUGAGAUAACAAAGAUAGCAAACGAAUGUGAAAGGCUUGGAAACACAGAGAACAAGUCUACUGAACGUAUACUUCGCAAUGAACAUUUGGCGAUUGACUCUCUAAAUACUAGUGGAGAGAGUGUGUGUGUGAUUAGUGACAGGUGUGGGAAAUUAGAACUCCGGGGAUGGUGAGCGCAUGUGUGCAUGGGAGGUGAGUGUUGCUUCUUGGGAAACUGAGUCCUGGCCGGGUUGAGAUAUGACAGAACCCCCCCAAAGGGCUCACUCUGGGAGCAGAGUUCUUUCUUGGUCUCCCCCGGGGUCGUGGACCCGGGAGAUCAGGAUGAAUUGCAUGAAAAUUUCUAAUAAGCUGAGGAUCCAGUAUGUCCUGUUUAGGGACCCAACAUUGUUCUUCUGGUCCGUAGCCCUCCCACUCGACUAAAUAUUCCAGCUUGCCCCUCCUGUGUCUAGAGCUGAUGAUCUUCUUGACUAAGUAAGCUGGUUGUCCAUCAAUCUCCAUAGGAACCGGGGGGGUCUCAGAGGGCACUUCUGUGGCUAAAGGUCCGUUGAUAACUGGUUUAAGACAACCAUAAUCUAUCGCCGGGUUGGUAAUUUGGAUGUUUACUGCGGUGGCGAUCAGCCUUGCGUUUGUACGUGUAUGUGGUCUGUCUCAGAUGUUGGUGCGUGUCGGCCCAGACUUGUUCACUACGUAGAAACCACUGGUCAACGGCAGGUGAUUCUGUGGGGGUCGCAUUCCAUGGGAAUAGUGGGGGUUGGUAUCCAAGUACGCAUUGGAAUGGGGUGAGAUUAGUCGCAGAAUGUUGGAGAGAAUUUUGGGCGUACUCGGCCCAUGGUAGAAACUUGCUCCAAUCUUCGGGGUUAGAGGCACAGAAAGUUUGGAGGAAUCAACCUAAUUCCUGAUUUACUCGUUCAACUUGGCCAUUGGCU